UUUCAAAACAAUUGCGCAUGGAGAGAGAGUAAUUACAUCACCAGCAGCAGUCAUAAGAAGCAGUCAGUGAGCGCGAGCACACAGACCGAGAGCGCGACCAUGGACAAAGUCUGCCCCAAACACACGAAGAAGAGGCUGAGCCGCAGCAUUAAGAUGUUCGUCCUGUGCCAUGGCCUCCUGCAGCUGUCCCAGCUGCUGUACAGCGCCUACUUCAAGAGCACCAUCAGCACCAUCGAGAGACGCUACGGCCUCAGCAGCUACUCCUCAGGAACCAUUUCCUCCCUGCACGAGAUCAGUAACAGUGUGCUCAUCGUGUUCGUGAGCUACUUUGGAAAUCGGGUCCACCGUCCUCGCUUGAUUGGAAUCGGAGGAUUUCUGAUGGCUGUCAGCGCCUUGAUGCUGACCUUACCUCACUUCGUAGCCCAGCCCUACGAAUACGACUCUGUUCUACACAAUCGCCAUGACAUUUGUAACCUGCAGAGGAACUCCAGUGAAGAGUCCUGUGGCCGGGACGAGACCCGGCGCCUGGCCGACUCCAACAAGCUGUGGCUGCUGAUGGCCGGCGCCCAGCUGCUGUUCGGGGUGGGCUCCGUACCCAUCCAGCCCUUUGGGAUCUCCUACAUCGAUGACUUCGCCGGGCCCGGAAACUCCCCUCUUUACAUAGCAAUCCUGUUCGCAGUGUCUGUGUUCGGGCCUGCCAUUGGCUACCUGCUGGGCUCCGUCAUGCUGCGGAUCUAUGUGGACGUGGACAAGACUGGCUUUGGAGUAGAGCAGGAGCUGAGGCAGACGGACCCCCGCUGGGUGGGAGCCUGGUGGCUGGGCCUGCUCAUCGCCGCCGGCUUCCUCUUCCUCACCUCCAUCCCCUACUUCUUCUUCCCCCGGAGAAUGCCUUCAGAGGAUCAAGGGAUGAGAAGUGAAACUGACCUGAAUGAUGACUUCAAGAAGCCAGAUGUCUCUUUACUUGAUUUCCUGAAAAUGUUUCCCAGGAUGUUUGUGCACCUGCUGUUGAGCCCUCUCUUCCUGAUGCUGGUCCUGGCUCAGUGCUGCUUCUCCUCAGUGAUCGCAGGGCUCGCUACGUUCCUCAAUAAGUUUCUGGAGCGGCAGUACAGCGCCUCCCUCGCCUACAGCAGCCUGCUCGUAGGUGCUGUGAAUCUGCCUGCUGUAGCCGUGGGGAUGUUGAUGGGCGGGGUCAUCAUGAAGAGGGCGGGACUCUCUCUGAAGACCAUCCCUCGCUUCUCUGUUGCCAUGCUGACCACAUCCACCCUCCUCUUUGUGCCGCUCUUCUUCAUGGGCUGUCCCACACAGAACGUUUCAGAGGUCAACCAUUUCCAGAACGCACAGUACGGGUCUCUAGCUCUGUGCUACUCCAACUGCUCUUGCCCUGCCAGCGCCUUCAACCCCGUGUGUGGCUCUGACGGUGUGGAGUAUAUCUCUCCUUGCCAUGCCGGCUGCACCAACUUCACCAAAGACCCCAACAACACCCACAGGGUUCAGCUGUACACCAGCUGCAGGUGUAUCUCUGGGGGCCAGAGCGCCCGCCCUGCCCCCUGUCCCAACAACUGCCCACAUUUGCUGCUCCCCGUCAUUCUGGUCAUCUCUCUGGCAUCGCUGAUCGCCUGCCUCACUCACAACCCCAUGUACAUGAUGGUGCUCAGAUGUGUUUCCUCUGAAGAGAAGUCAUUUGCUAUAGGAAUUCAGUUUCUACUCAUGAGAGUAUUAGCCUGGCUCCCUGCCCCUGCUCUCUUCGGGACUGCCAUUGACACGUCGUGUAUCUGGUGGAAGCGUGUGUGUGGAAGGAAGUUUAGCUGUGGUUACUAUGACAACAACAUCUUGAGGAACCGGUACUUGGGCUUACAGGUGGGUUAUAAGGUGAUGGGGAUCUUGCUGCUGAUGAUGCUGGGCUGGAAGGCGAAGAGGACUCAGGAGUACAGUCUGGAGAAGAGGCCUGACGGACCCCUGUGACCCUGUGAGCGUCCCUGUGGACCCCCGCCUCUGUCUCUAACAGCUCUGCAGCAGUGUGACAUGUUGAGGAACAAUGUGCAGAGCAGAGCUGCGUCAGGAGAGCCACAGCCCACACAGACCUGCACUGACCUCCACUCCUGUAGCCCCCCCCCCACCUGCUGCUUCACUGGGUGGAGUUGAUGUCAGAUCUAUCCAAAAGGGAAAACGUAUAAUGUUUUCAGAUGCUUUAGAUCAGAGGUUCUCAAAUGUUUUUCAGCCAGAGUAGUAAAAGGAAAGAGAAUAUAAAGGGACCCCGUCAUGUACGUACUUUUAAGACAAUUUGACGUAGCCUAUUCUUUUAAGUUUUAGUUAUUGGAAAAAAUUACACGAGAAAUAUAUAAGAAAGAUACGAGACAUAUAUUAAAAAUAUAUACAGCAUGUUCAACAAUGCAUUGACAUACAUUCAAUAAGCUGCAAGUGUGUACCUAAACACAUUAUCAGAAGAGAAAAAGGAACAUUUGCAGUUCAGGACAUCAAAUAUUUUGUUAGAAAAUGAUUAAUUGAAUGAAUCUGAAAACCUUUACCACAAUGCCACAGAUCACUUCUUUAAAGUUCCUGAUUGGAAAUACUCUGACAAUCUGACCCACUUAUUUCCAGUUCAGAGAGGUCAGCUGCUCACCUGUACCUCAGUAUAUUGUACAUGCAUCUGAGGCAGUGCAGAGUUAACCACAGAUAGAUCAUAUUAUUCCUGAAAGGUAGAAUCUAUUCAAGUUUCUAUUUCCAAUGGGAACAUAUUGUGUAACUAAUGAACUUUAUUAGCUUAAUAUUUAAGUUUAUUUUUGUAUAGAUGUUUGUCUCAUACAUUGAGACAUAUGUGUACUGCAAUACUCAUUUGAUAUAUGAUCAUAUACACUUUAUUUUAAAUGCAAUGCCAAUGAAUUUUCAAAUAUCAUGACAUACACUGUUUAUUAAAAAAAAAUACCUCACA